AUGGGUUCAGGUAAACCAAGAGGUAUUAACACAGCACGUGAACUUCGUACACGACGUAGAUCACAAAGAUGGGCUGAUAAACAGUACAAGAAAGCUAAUUUGGGUACAAGAUAUAAGUCUAAUCCCUUUGGAGGUGCUUCUCAUGCUAAGGGGAUAGUUGUAGAACGCUUUGGUAUUGAAGCUAAGCAACCAAACUCUGCUGUCCGUAAAUGUGUUCGUGUACAACUCAUUAAGAAUGGUAAGAAAAUAACUGCUUUCGUUCCGAGAGAUGGUUGUUUAAAUUUUAUUGAUGAGAAUGAUGAAGUAUUGGUUGCUGGCUUUGGUCGUAAGGGUCACUCCGUCGGUGAUAUUCCAGGUGUUCGAUUUAAGGCUGUAAAGGUCUCUGGAGUAUCAUUAUUAGCUCUUUUUAAGGAAAAGAAGGAAAAACCAAGGUCAUAA